GGUCCGGGUAGUGGGAGGCUGUCAGUCGCAGUCUCCGCUCUGCCCGCAUCAUUUUCAGUAAUGUGACAGCGCAGCCGGAGCUGUGUCCCGGUCCGGAUCCCGUCCACGUCUCACUCUCUGACAUCCGCUCAGGAUGGAUCAGAGGAGAGCCGAACCCGACUUUCUACCCUCUUCCACUCCAGUCACGUUGUACGGAGAAUUUACCCAGACCAGUAACCGAAGAGGCAGGUGGGCUGUAAACCUGACCGAGAAGGACCUCGUCGUCCAGAGGCUCGCGUCGGCACCUGUCGGCCGGAACAAAGUGGUGCUGAGUCUGAGGGACUGCGUCGGCUGCCGGGCUUACCGGGAGGAUGACAAGGCGGACCCGUCGGCGUACUUUGCAGCCUACUUUUACCCACCGAGGAAGCGCCGCUGGAUGACAUCUGCUCCGUCGCGGCAGCGCGUGGAGCAGUGCUUUCGGGUAGCGGCGCUCCAGGACCCGCACGCGAACCUGGAGGAGGCAGAGAAGUGGGCUCGCGCCGUUCGAGAACGCUCUGCCCGGCAACAGCGCCUUAGAGACGGUGUGUUGCUGAAUUCGUUGCCCCGUCCUUGUCGGAUCCUGCUGUUUGUGAACCCGCAGAGCGGGAAAGGACAAGCCCUCACCUUGUAUAACAGCCACAUCCAGCGGAUGCUCAACGAGGCGGGAGUCAUACAUAAACUCAUUAUCACUGAGAGGCAGAAUCACGCCCGGGAGCUGGUGAAAGAUGUUGACCUGUCACAGUGGGACGCUUUAGUCAUCAUGUCAGGAGAUGGACUGCUGCAUGAGGUGAUAAAUGGUCUGCUGGAAAGGCCAGACUGGGAGGAGGCCAUCCGCACUCCGCUGGGUAUCCUUCCUGGAGGGUCAGCCAAUGCCUUGGCUGCAGCUGUGCAUUACUACUCUGGCGUCUCUCAGGUCAGAGGCGAGGAGCUGCUGGUCAGCUGUGGUUUCCUGCUCUGCAGAGGACUGGUGUCUCACAUGGACCUGGUCUCCCUCCAUCUUUCCUCCGGCCAGCGCCUCUUCUCCUUCCUCUCCCUGGCCUGGGGCUUCGUGGCCGACGUAGACGUGGAGAGCGAGAAGUAUCGCCACGUCGGAGCCGCCCGGUUCACCGUCGGCACGCUGGUGAGGCUGGCGUCUCUCCGCAUCUACAAGGGUCAGCUGGCUUACCUCCCCGCCAGCAGGGGGCGCCACGCGGACAAAAGUCUGCAGAACGGAGCGGCGGCAUGCUGCAGAAAUCCCGCCUCCUGUUUGACUCAAACUUUGGAAGAUGACUUCCCAAAUAACACCUGCCACUCCAACAACUCCCUGAAGCUGCGGAGGUCAGAGGGCAGAUCGUCUAGAAGUGCCGCCAAAGCCCUCCCCGGGCCUCCCGACGCCCUGCUGCCACCUCUGGAUCAGCCGCCGCCGUCCGACUGGGUGCUGGUGCCGGAGGAAGACUUUGUCCUCAUGCUGGCCAUGUACCAGUCCCACCUGGCCGAGGACCUCCUGGCGGCGCCAGACGCCCGCCUGGCCGACGGCGUCAUCCAUCUCUUCUACGUCACGGCGGGGAUUUCUCGGAGCGCGUUGCUCCGACUGUUUCUGGCCAUGGAGAAAGGCGCACAUCUGGACACGAACUGCCAGCAUCUGGUGCACGCGAAGGUGCGGGCGCUCAGGCUGGAGCCGGGCGCCGGGAAAGGGAUCAUAACGGUGGACGGAGAGGUGGUGGAGUACGGUCCGAUUCAGGUCGAGGUGCACGGAGGCCUGGGGAGGGUGAUCGGCGGAUGAGAGGAACAAAAACACAAAGUCUUACUAAUUUUGUUUUAUCUAGUCUUGAGUGCAAAUAUCUUAGGCUCUGUUUACAAGAGACAACUGCCUGGAAACUGCCGGUAUUUUCAGAUGUUAAUUGUGUCUCCAAAACGCCUUGAGUCAGCAGCUGUAGUUGUCAUGUCAGGCCACUAGAUGGCGCUGUGAUGUUAGCAUGCCAGCAACGCGCAUGCGCUGCUUAGCUUCCACCUUAUUGCAAACAGAAACUUCUCUCCCAAAAAUGAAAUCCUCAUGUAAGAUAUAUAUGCUCCUUAUCAGAACUUAUGUUAAGUUGAACAGAUUCAGUAGUAAAACUGUCGCCGUUGCUCUGGGUUUUAUCUUCAUGCACAGAUUAAUACAGCGGCAGAUCAGGGUCAUUGUAGAUUGGACAAAAAAUUCAUACAUUUUUCUAAUUUCAGAAAUUUACUAGAAAAAACAUUCAAAAGUUAAAAUUUCUAAGUUUUCUUUCUCAAAAAUUUGAGAGAUUAACCUUAAAAUUUUUGUUUUUUUCUAAACUAUUCAAACUCAGAAAUGUUUAGAUCAAUCUCAGAACUUUUUGAGAAAAAAGCUAAAAUUUCUGAGUAUCAAAAGUUAAACAUUUUCUACUUUUCAAACUGAGAAUUGUCCAUGUUUCUUUCUAGAAAAUUUCUGAGAUUGAUCUCAAAGUUUCUACAUGAUUUCUAGCAUUUAUUUUACUGUUAAACCUCAGAAAUUAUGUGAUGAAUCUCAGAAAUGUUCUAUAAAAAACAUGGCCAUUUCUGAGUUUCAAAAGUCAAAAAUCAUCGACUUUUCAAACUCAAAAAUGUUCAUGUUUUUCUAAACAAUUUCUGAGAUUAAUCUCAAAAUUUCUGUCUGAGUUUUUCUAGCAAAUCCACAAGAAUUUCUAAGUUUUGAAAAGGCGGCGGUGAGAGACUGGUUACUGGUGUCGUAUAAAUGCGCGACUGGAUUGAAACAAAUACGCUACGGUUUAACUGAGGAGCAACUCUGUGCUUGAAAUAAGACAAAAUUAACUUACAAGUAACUAAUCAGCAAGAUCUAGGCGCUCGUUUUAAGUGAAUCAUUCCUUAAUAUUGAUUUAAAUAAAAUUUUAUUCUACUGGUGGAUUAUUUCACCUGAAGCAGGACAUUUUUUCCUUAAGUGAAAUAAUCUGCCAGUGGAUCUAGAACGUUUUGGGUAUUAAUUGUAGUCAACGAUUUUACAGAAGAGCAAUUAAUUCAACAUGUUCAAAUGAUGCACAACUUUUUAUGAACUGUGCGAUGCAGAAAGCUCUAGACAUUGUAGGAAAACAAAAAAAAUAACCAUCAUCCUUCUACUACUUCCUGUCGUCCUCUUCUUUGUGGUUUCUGCCAGUAGUAUCGUCGGGCUGUUGAACUAAUGACUUGUGUGACGUGAAUAUUUAGGAAAAUACGGCAGAAAAAUUUUGCUGGCGUGAAACGCUUUUUUUAAUAACAAAAAUUGCGUUUUAGUUUUAAUUAGCGUGUUUCUAUUAAGCUGAUUUUUGUUUGCAUUUCAAUUUGCGCAAUUUUAUGGUUAAUAGUCGUUAGCAGUUAGGUUAAGUUUAAAAUCUUAACCUGCUUUUUACCAGGCAAGCCGCUGUAAUGUCAGACUGUUCAACAGGUCUAAACAGUCCUUUAUUAAUCUACACACAUCCAUCAUCCUGCCUCACUGUUCUGAGCCAAGCUUUAUGAAUUAUUAAUGAGUUUAUUUAUUUAAUAUUAACACUCGGCCGCUCAGUCUGGCGGCGCCACUGGAGCUAAAACCCAAACAGACGCAGGCGAAUCGUGUCCGCCACUAUUCUGCAGUGGCUCGGUUCAAGAUUACUUAACAGAGGAUUAGUUUGGUUUUUAUCGGUGCUCUGCAGGACAAUGAGCCUCAAACACUCAGUCAAACCCAGAAGAUUCUGCUUUAACCGGACAAAUCGCUGCUCCAAGUCGUGGUUUAGUCUCCGCAGACAGGAAACAGCGGCUUCAGAGCAUUGAACCAAACUCCUGCACCUGUCCUGAUAGAUUAUUUCUGUUUUUAAGUGUUUUUCAUGAUGCUGCAUCCUCCCUCCAUCUUUCCAGCCGCUGCUUCCAGCACCAAUAUGUUCGUCUCUGCUGGACGCCACACACUCUCCAUCUUUACCAAAGUGUCUUUAACAUUAAACUGUGAAAGUUAGAGAUGCUUAAACAUUAUUAUUUUCGUCCAUGUGGAAAGACUGAGGAGCCUUAAACAGGAGACGUUAAAACAGGCGCUGAUUGUAGCAGGCUGGGCAAGACGGCGACGAUUUCUUUUUAUAACUAAAUCUGAUUUUAUUUACAUUUUUUCUUGUUUUCUUUUCUAAAAAAGAAAUAUUAAAAAGUGGCUUUUAUUUCAGUCAAUUGUUUCUGUGUUUUAUACUACUGAGUAUUAGGACCAGGCUUUGACAAUGUUUAAUUACGAGAAUAAAGUCCGUUUGCUGAAUAAAGCCUUAAUUUUACCUGAAAAUAUGAGAAAAAACUUGAAUAUAAGGUGACCAGUCUGCAGUUUUCUUCAAAAUAAGACUGUUUACAGGAUCCUUUCAAAGUCCUGAUAAUAAUUUGAUUCUGAUGUGUUUAAAAUAUGAAGUACUUCCUUAUCUGUAAAACUUAUACCAAAGUAUAACUUCAAAAGAUGAACAGCAUUCCUCAUUUUAUUUUUUGUAGUGGAGUUCUCAAAAAUUACGACUUUAUUCUCCUAAUAUUAUGACUUUUUCUGGUAAUUGAAAAAUAAAAACUUAAAGUCCAAAUAAAUAGAAGCUGUAAAACAAGAUGGCGGCUCUAGCUGAGCUGACGUCGGAAAGCCAAAGAGCUUGUUGAUGGGAAAAAAAUCCUGAUUUUCCAAAAAUGUAAUCUUCAAAAACCAAAAAUGUGAUAAAUGUGAUUUAUCUCCCAGCCCCAGAAGUACGGACUUCCUGGUUUGCAAAGAUUUAAGGUGCCUCUAAAAACAAAACUCACAUAUUGUAAUAUUUUGUCUUUAUUCAGAUUAACUGACUGCUUGACUGUUUAAGACCAAACUUUAUCUGUAGAGAGCUUGUUGCCAUCUUUGGUGAGACAUAAAGGUGAUCAGGAAGUGACAUCAAAUUCUGAAGGACUCAAAUGAGAAUCUGUUUCUUACCUUAGUUAAGUUAAAGCGUCUGAUUCAGAAAGAGCUCCACCUUUAUUUAGCUGUUGCUUUUUUGUUUGUACUGGUCCUUUAACUUGUUUGACGUGCCUUGAAUCUGCUGCCGCCUGGUGGUUGAAAUGCGCUGCUGCAUCUUCUUUGUGCUGCCUGCUGAAUCCAGGAAAAAAAAGUUUCUUUCUUCUUUGAUUAGAGAAUAAAAAUGAAACAUGGUUUUAUUUUGAAGGCAUUUUUGCAGUGAGGUUUUUAGAAACCUCAACCUCAUCGAGUCUAGCUGCUCUCUGUAAAAAAGAAAAAGCUUUUCAUGUCAGAGCCGCUUUAUCUAUGCUAUUGUGAGUUUAGAUCAGAGAGCUUCAACUCUGGUGUCCUGCGACUUUUAGAUACAUUUGUCUCUGAAUAAAAAACAAAAAAUUUGGGUUGUUGGAUCUAAAAGCUGCAGGACGCCAAACCUCGAGGACGGGAGUCGGUUUAGAUGUUUACGGUGAAGGGAAAGCAGCUGAAUCUUUCUCUGCAACACUGACAACUGAAUGAUUCGUAUUUUUAUUCAAAGAGAUAUAUAUUUUUUAUUUUAGACCAAUGUCUGUAUGUUUUCUAUUAAAUUAAAGAAUCUGCAUGGGUGUUUUUGAUUAAGACUUAAAUAAAAUAAAGACAAACGACCAA